CUUGCUUCUGACACUGAGCGUCCAAAAUGGCGCCGGUCGCACGGUGUCCGUGGCUGUGAAACUGUGAAAAGUUCAAAAUACGCUUAACACGCCUCAGUUUUAACCCCAACCGCAACCUCGUUUACAGCUGCUCGGCUGCGACCAGCGAUUUAUAGACACCCACCAUGGCUGCCAACAUGUACCGCGUUGGAGACUAUGUCUUCUUCGAAACAUCAUCCACUGCUCCAUUUCAAAUAAGGAGGAUCGAGGAGCUCGUUAAGACUGCCAACGGAAACGUGGAGGCCAAGGUGAUGUGCUAUUACCGCCGGCGAGACCUGUCGCUCGAGAAGCCAUUAGUCGGUGCUCUAGAGGAAGAGCAAGAGCGCGAGGCCGAGCAGCUGACCGAGAAGGAGCGGCACCAGUUGCGUCACCGCGAGCUAUUUUUGUCACGCCAGGUGGAAACACUGCCAGCAACCCACAUCCGGGGCAAGUGCUCCGUCACCCUGCUCAAUGAGACUGAGUCACUGCUCUCGUACCUCAACAAGGAGGAUGCCUUCUUUUACUCGCUUGUCUACGAUCCCCAGCAGAAGAGCCUGCUGGCCGACCGGGGCGAAAUCCGCGUGGGCCAGCGCUACCAGGCCGAGGUGCCCCCUUGGACUGGGCCACCGACCGAAUCGGGCGAGGGGGCUGAUGACCGGGAUAGCGCCCUGCUGGAGACCCUGGUGUACAUCCCAUCGCACGGUCUGUCGGAUCGCCAGCUGGAUCAGUUUCUCAUCGUGUGCCGGUCAGUGGGCACAUUUGCGCGGGCCCUCGACUGUUCAAGCUCCGUGAAGCAGCCCAGCCUCCACAUGAGUGCGGCGGCGGCUUCGCGGGACGUGACGCUGCUGCACGCCAUGGAGCUGCUGCAUCGCACGGGCUACGACCUGGCGCGGGCGGUGGCGGCCCUGGUCCCCCCCGGUGGGCCUGUGCUCUGCCGUGACGAGAUGGAAGAGUGGUCCGCCUCGGAGGCCAACCUCUUUGAGGAGGCCCUCGAAAAGUACGGCAAGGACUUCGCAGAUAUCCGCCAAGACUUUCUGCCCUGGAAGAGCCUCAAGAACAUUGUUGAAUACUACUACAUGUGGAAGACCACCGACCGAUACGUGCAACAGAAGCGAGUAAAGGCCGUCGAAGCAGAAAGCAAGCUCAAACAGGUCUACAUCCCCAACUACAACAACAAAGCCACGGGUGUCCUUGGGGGACCUGAAGGAGCCACAGCUGGGGGCCGGCCCUGUGAGAGCUGCUACACCAUGAACUCGGCCCAGUGGUAUGCGUGGGGGCCUGCGCACAUGCAGUGCCGUCUCUGCCAGUCCUGUUGGACCUACUGGAAGAAGUUUGGUGGCCUCAAGUAUCCAACCCGACUUGAGUCGGCGGAUGUACUGGGCUCAGAACGGCUGCCUGCGGGCAUGGCGUCGCAUCGGCCCCAUAGGUGCACUGUAACCGGUUGUGGGAAGGAGUUCAAGCUAAAGGCCCACCUGGCACGCCAUUGUGCCACAGCCCAUGGCCUAGCGCUGCGUGCUGGCAGCCCGCGGCCCGUGGUCAAGACGCGCGCCGCCUUUUACUUGUGCACUACGGCAUUGACACGCAUGGCACGGCGACUGGCAGGCCCAGCGGCACUGCGGCCCCGGCACGCAGCACGUAAUCCGUUCUUGCCAGUCAAUUCGGCAGCGAUCCGACUCGAAGUGCAGGGUAAGCUGGACCCGGCGGUUCUGGCAGCCACGCCGUCCGCAGCGGCUGCGGCGGCCGCAGCACUUGCCGCCGCACGCCGCAGGCCCCGUGAGCGCGGUGCCGUAGUCGAUGUAUCGCACCGACUGGGCACACCUAACUUGCCGCGGCCUGAGUGGCUACACCCAACACCGCGCGAGCAGAUCCCAACACCUGUGCGGCACGCGUUUCCGCCCCCGGCUGAACGGCCCCCUCCGCUGUUGCUUCAUCACCAGCCACCGCAGCAGCAGCGCAAGCGACCCGCCCCAGAGCCCCUAAACGGUCCACCAGGUGGACCUCGGCGCCGACUGGGACCGCCUCCUCCAGCCGUGCCCCUGAACGGAGGCCGACCCAAGGUGGCCACCAUCACGCGGCUGGGGGGCGGCCGCAAGCACCUUAUUUCUUGGGUGGAUGCGCCCGACGACCUGUACUUUGUCGCCACCGAAGCCACCAGGCGCCUUCGACGGCAGCUGAGUACAGCCGAGCUUCGGCGCUGGGCCCGGCGGCCGUGCCGUAGCCGGGCUCCGCCCGACCAGAUCGUUAUCUUGGACUGAGCUACCACAGGCCGCACGGGUGCCUCUCUUCGGGGCAGCCAAAAGCCUGGCGAAAUGGCGCCCACUCGCGAAGCGCCAGGUUCACCCUGCGCCAAAAAUAUGACUUGGUGGUGGCCGCAAAAGAAGACUGUGCGUGUGUCGUGAGAUGAACAAUGCGCACUCUCACCUGUCCCUGGCCCUCGGCCUUUCAUCUCCCUCGGCACAUAAGCCCUGCACACAUGCCAAAGUUUAGGGCUUUUUAUGCCAGCAACGAAGGAAGCAGAACCGUGAAGCGUAGCCCUCCAAGGGGCAGUGCCGCCAGUGAGUGAUCACCACCCUCCUAACGCAUAGCUGUGGUAUUGCACAAGUGUACAACAAAUGGGAAUGCGUUAAUAUGGGCCUGUUGGUUGCCCUCCCAAAACUAUUUGUAGUGCUGGGAACCAUUGAGUUUCCUAAAUAAUAGAGGGAACUCUGGCGCCGCGGUCAUUCAGCGACCAUAGGAACGAUGAGCAGUUCAUGGAUUUGCCUAGUCUUCGUACUUGCGCAUCUCGAAUCGCACUCUUAGCUUCGUUUAUUGCUGUGUUUCAGUUUCAUUUCGAAGGAAAGGAUGAACCCUUACGAACUUUGUGACCCGGUUUUAAGUGGUAAGCCUAAAAGAUUCAUGUGGUGAAGUGCAACUUUUGCUGUGUUUUGUUUUGCUGACAAAACAGCUUCAAGUCACGCGAACCCAAACGGAGCCAAAAUUACGAAGAUUAGACAAAUCUGUGUACUACCCAUAAUUCCCAAGCUCACUGAAGCGCCGUGCAAUGCAGCGCCCAUAGACACGAGCACCAGAGUUUCCUCUAUAUAUAGGAAAUUUCCACUAUUCUAUAGAAAACUCAAUGCUGGAAAUGGACACAGAAGAAGACGAGUAAGUGUGUUUGAGCACUACGUAGCACUUGUUUGUUUCCCGCACUACGAAUCGUUCUGGAAGGAGUGGGACUGGUUCACCAUCAUUAGAAACAAUGAACUUCAGUGUGUACCUCCAAAGGAGUUCAGCAACAUGGUUCUGCUUCCAUCACACAUCAUGGCUGCUCACCGUGGCAAAGGCAAGCGAGAAGAGCUGGUCCGUUGACAUGUUCGGCAGGGCAGCUAGUCGGAGACCCGCGCUGCCUUGGUGCCGCUGCUUGUACAGCUGCAUGUAAAUCCAUUGAUAUAUUUUUUUCUUCUUUUUUUUUUGUGGCCAGUAAAAUUGAACGAGGCUGUAAAACCAA